AUGGAUGAAUUCAUUGGAAGUUGGAAGCUAACGUCCAGUUGUGGAUUUGAAAAACUUAUGGAAAGAUUUGGCUUGGAAUAUGUUGUUCGCAAAGGUAUACUUGUGGCUAAACCUGUGAUAAAAAUAUCGGAAGUCGCCGACAGUCCUGGAACAUAUUGUAUAAAAACAACCAAUGCCUUUCGCAUUACUGAGGGGAAAUUUCGGCUGCAGGAACUAUUUUUGGAAACGCCACUGGACGGUCAAUGGGUCUUGAGACAGUGCCAAGUUGGGGAGAAAGUCACAGACGUUGAGAGGAGGAUAAUAGACAAGAACACAAUGAAGACUCCAUAUUAA